AUGUCGGCACAGGAUCAUCCGAUUUUCAAGGGAAGUUUGAGCGGUGGGAACGCACCAUUACGUUUUUAUCUGUCGUCUAAAAAUGGAUCCAAAGUUUUCGUGCUGCAGGGAAAUUCACUGAGAUGGCAGUCUUCGAACAGCCAAAAUUACGAGUUCUUGGAUUUUGAAGCGCUGGAAAACUACUCAAAUGCUGUGCUUAAUGAUUCCGGUACUUUACUCUGUCUUUACAACGCUACCAAAAUUCAAGUCGUGAGCACCGUUUCCGGUGAAAAAUCAUCUCAAGUCUACUACCUUUCCUCCGAAAACGGCUUCAAGCAGGUCUUGUGGCAUCCCAGCGGCAAGUUAGAUGCAUGCUUGGUUGUACUAGACUGUCAAAAUGCCGUGUCGCUUUAUGAGCUGCAUCUUUUGAAUUAUCAAACCCCGACAACCGUAUUCAAUCGCCCAGCAGAUUUGCUUGGAAUAUCCGACGUACUUGAGAUUGCAUCAUGUGCAUUUGGUUCUGACGGUUUGACACUUUACGUGCUUGACAUCGGUAAUGGAGGCGACGUUUAUGCGCUAUAUCCGUGCUUACCGCAACAAAUUGCAGUCAAGCCGGAGCUCGUAGAACGUGGAUUACAGAAAGCGCUGAUAGAUUACAAUUCGUUGACGUCUGAGAUGGAUUCCAACAUAAAGAGAAACAUUAUCAAAGAAUUGAGACUUUUUUUGAGCUGGAAGGAACAACUGAAGCGAGACAAAACUGCCGAACAUGACGAAAUCGUGUUUGAGUGUUCAGAAAACAUUAGAGCUGUUGGGUUCCAGGGCCCUUUCACUAUCAAUCCGUUUCCGGAAAGAUUGUACAUGGCCACUGCUGAAACCGUCAAAGUGGCUCAUUUAAGGCGCACCCAAAGCGACGUUCUUCUAAUAGGCUUCAAUGAGGGCACCACUUUGAUGUGUUUCCCAGACCUUGAGCCAGCUAUGUCGUGGGAACCGUCUAAUUAUGCGUACAACAACUCGUUAGUUUUGGCACAGGAACUUAACAGCGGCACCGAUAGGCUGAGAGACGUUGUGGACGGGACUAUCAUUUGCGACAGCGACAAGCGUACAACCUAUUUCUUUGCCCACGAUUUUCUGGAAACUUUCGAUAGAUGUCUCGAGGAGUGCAACAUUAAUGGGCUAGUGUCUGGCGAUGCGCAACCACUGGAAGGUUUCAAGGUUGAUCAGCAUUUCAACAGUUUUGGACUUUGGUCUUUUGAUGGAUCCUGUUUGAUAUCUGCUUCCAACGCUUCUAUUUCAACACACAAGUUAUCAGCCGAAACGAAGCCAGCUAGCACCGAGCGACAUGAAGAAGAAAAAGACACAUUGGAACCAGAAUUGCCCAUGUUUCAAUUCUCAUCUCCUUUGCAAGAAAUUGAAGCUUCAGUAAACAGAGCUACAACUCAAAGCAGGCAGCCUUUGUCUGUUUCUAUUCCAUCAGAUUUAAAAGGUAUGCCAUUGAAAAAUGAUCGGAACGAAGAACACUUAGCGUUGUUAACGUUGGCAGUGGCUCAAAUUAUGGAUCGCAUUUCUUUGCUACAACAGGUUGCGUUCUUACUGCAUUCACGACUAAAACAGCAACAAUCAAUCUUUGCAGAACAAGUUAGUCUCGUAGCGAAGGUCUCCAACAAAAAGGCAAAAAUCAUGAGCAAGAAGAAGGCCCAAGAAAAUGCGUGGGCUCGCGUCACGGAACGUGACACCAAGAUAGCCAGUCGCAUGUCCCAUUUAAGGCAGAAGUUAGAUGAAACCUUUGAACGAUGUUCUCAACAAAACAGACCAAUCUCAAGAUCGGAACUGCGUUGGUUUUCGGAACUGCGGUCCCAAGUACUACUUUUCAAUAAGUUCGUGCUUACGCAACAGAACCUGCGAGAGGAAGUGUCAUUUUUUAAGAACGACUACGAGUAUGUCAUGCUAAAUUCGCCCAAGACCGAGGACACAAGGGCGCCCUGGGACGAUUUACAAAGACUGCUGGAAAUCGAUCGUCGACUGAUCGGAGAAUGCAGCACAGAGCUUACUAAAGCGGCCAACGAACUCGACGUCAAGCUGAACACAGGAGUUCAAAAUUUAACAAUUUAA